AUGCAUCCUCUUCCACCACCACCACCAUACAUCCCUUCUCCACUCAAGCAGUCAAAGCCAUCUCCUUUUCAGAUAAUCCCAUCAAAACAAUCCAAUACAAAUCACCAAAACUCGACGCCCGAAAAUGCUCUAGCCAUCACCAAGCUCAGAGAAAGAGAUCAUCAUCAGCCUAUCCUCAGACAACCUAGAAAAACAAAUCCAGUCGUAUGGUUCCUCGCCAUCCUAUGCUUGGUGUUCAGCAUCCUCUUGAUUUUCUUCGGGAUCACGACUAUAGUCGUGUUUGUAGCCAUCAAGCCCAAAAAUCCCGUUUUCGACACCCCAGCAGCCAGCCUUAGCGUCAUCUACUUUGACUCUUUGCAAUUUCUAAAUAACGACUUGACAUUUAUCGCGAAUUUUUCCAACCCCAACAAAAAGCUCGAGAUCAAUUUCGAGUAUCUUGAUAUCGAGUUGUACUUUUCGGAAAAUCUAAUAGCGACUCAAGUCAUUCGACCCUUUAGUCAGAGGCCAGGCGAGGUGAGGCUGAUCCCGGUUCAUCUGCUGUCGAGCUUGGUCUAUUUGCCGCCAAAUCUUGCUCUCCGCCUUCAGAAGCAAGAGUCGAGGAACAUAGUAGUUUACGACAUAAAAGGGAAUUUCAGAGUGAGAGCUAACAUGGGUUUGGUUCAUUACUCUUACUGGUUGCAUGGGAAAUGCUGGAUAGAGAUGACGAGUCCGCCUAAUGGUGUUAUGCUCUCCCAUAGCUGCAAAACAAAGAGAUGA